AAUCCACCGAGGAAAUCCCACCAACGCGCUUCUCAUCCCAGCCCGUCGCGUCAGGAUUCAGCCCGGAACAGGUUCACGGUUCACAUCGACCCCCAAGGUCGCGGAGCAUUCGCCCGGCCAAUCAUUCCCAUGGACGUUGAUGUAAUAAAAGUUGCCCCUUCCAGAAAAUCCAAGGAACCAAACUCGAGUCUCCAGAGUGGGAUAACCAACGCCAUAGCCAGCCAGGAGUCGGGGGCAGUUCCAGGACACACAUUCCCAGUUCUCCGGGGCACAUUGACGGCCCAGUCUUGCCAGUGGACACUGAUGCUCUGCCGCCUUCGCGCUGUCUACUAG